CAGGAACACGUCCUUCUUGCAAAAUCACAAUGGCAGCAUCUUCUAGUUUCACUGACGACUUGGAAGCGCAGUUAACUUGUGCUAUUUGUAAUGACAUCUUUACUGACCCAAGGACACUGCCGUGUCUACAUACUUUCUGCUUCAACUGCAUCAAAAGUUGGAACGAGACUUGCCAGAGAGACAGGAAGCAACUGAAAUGCCCAACUUGUAGAGCGGCCGUGAAAGUCGAGGGUGGUGACGUCUCGACGCUCCCUUCCUCGUUCACUUUCACCUCGUUGAUUGAGUUAUUUGACUCAAUGAAAUUGAAAGCUGCCGAGAAAACUCAUCAACAGCAGCUUACAGAGUGUGCGAAUUGCUCAAAUCGCAGUGUGUUGGUUGGAUUUUGUCCACAAUGCGAAGGAAUGAUUUGUAAUGACUGCAUCAGCCAUCACAAGACAAUGAACACAUUGAAAAGAACACACCAAGCAACGCUUUUGAGCGAUUUCAAACAAGAAAAUCUCAACAGCUACAUCAACAAUCAAGCGCUUUGCAAAGAGAAAUUCCACGACGGAGCACGUCUCGAAUAUUUCUGUAAAACUUGCAAGAAGUGCAUUUGUCAGAAAUGUGGCACAACAACGCACAGCAUUCAUGACAAGAUCAGCAUCGAGGAAGCUGCAGAGGAAGCUAAAACACUUAUUAGAAAAGAAAAAGAGCGAUUAAAUGAC